AACACACUAAAAUGGCGAAAUAAGUUUGGUAGCUAAACGAUGUUGUAAAUACGCAAAUGCCUGACUUAAUUAUGAAUGUUUUUACUUUUUCAACUCAUCAGUCACGUGUACUGAACCCUAGAGUUGUAACAGUGCCGUUGUUAUAAUUUUGUGUUGUUUAUUUUGAUAAUUCGUGCUCAGUGGGACUUCAAAGACAUGAAGCCAUAUUUACGAAAACCGGACAAGAGAUAUAAUUGGUGAAUCGUCUUUUUCUCAAUGAGAAAUGGGAUGGCUAAACCACUGAAACUUAGUCAUGGAUCCGGUGGGCCCAUGGUCGGCUUACGCCUCUUAUAAUCGUCUUGCGGGUGUUCAGGGGGACCACCACCCAACGGGCGCUCCGCCCACUACCACUGCUCAAUUGUUACCUGGAAGCUUUCUCUCCCCAACUCCUGUGGGUUACGAGACCGUUUUCAGUCCCCUUUUUCAUCACGCUGGAACUAAACCCACAGCCCACUAUGUCGCUCAGCACCGUACCAAACAGUCCGACAGUGACUACCACCAACAGCCUUUUUUUGAACAAGGGGCUGGAUGGCAACAAAAUAGCCCUUUUGGAAUUUUGCCGCAUGAAAGUGUGGUUCCAACCACGAAAGCGUCGACGUAUGAAAACUUUAACGCUCAUUUCGCAGCCGCUCAAAGCCUCAAUCAUUUAAAUUCGCAAUUAGCGGCAGCGAAAUCUCGAGCUCAAAGCCCUGCCACCACAAAACCGCCUCCAGCGUUCUUCCAAACCGCCACCACUUCAAACUCAUGUAUAGUAUCAACACCGUCUAAUUCAACCGUUUCGAAAGAGUAUAGAGUACCUCAAACACCCAGAACUUAUCUCACUUCACCCAACCCCCAAAGACCUACCCUUAAACAACCCCAAAUCCAAACGAAAGCUCAAACGAAAAUCUACCCAGAACUAAACCAACAAAAUGAAAGACAGCGAAACAACGAAGAGCCCCAAAGUCAAUCAUCCCCAAUCAGUUUCUCGCUAAACUACUCUGGAAAACGUACACCACAAUUUCAAAAUUCGAAUUACUUUCCACAAAAUACCACCUCCAACAAUACAAACGGCCCCGAUUGCAACAACGUCGUAGUCCCCCGUAGACCCAGCCCUCUUCAAGCCCACUCCCAACCCUCACCAAUUGGCCACGCCCCAAGUCCCGCCUAUCCAAUGUACAACAGUCCAAUGAACUCAAUCUCUUCCCCUCAACAAACUUCCAAUCAAGUUACACCACCGUCACCACUGGACGUCUCUGUUCCAAGGCCCACCUCUCAACCAACCAACGUCGUUGCCUAUCCUUCUGUCAUAACACGUACCGAAAAAACCUUCCCGCAAAAUAAUCAAAAUUGUUGGGAAGAACGACGGAAAUUUCCGACAGGAAAUCAAGCCAAUAAUUACAACACGUUACCAGAACAAAGAGUAGGACAACAAGGGUAUUUUGAGGCGAAUAGCGGCCAUCAGAUGGCGCUACAGGAUUUGUCAAGUUGUCGUGGCGAUCCAAUGAGUAUUGUCAAAAAUUUGCAACAACAGCAACAAAGUUGUCAAGUGGCUCAAGUCGAGGUUAAACAGGAGGUUAAACCGCCGGUUAAGAGGAGGAAAAGUAAUGAGAAAGCGCCAAGUGAAGUGCCAAGGAUACCACCGCCAGCACACAGUUCUGGGGCGCAAGGACAGCCACAAAACGGCGCCUAUUUCGACUUUGACAGGUGGAAUCUGCCUCCUCCUUCUUCAAAAAUCUUUACCAGCCAAACAAUCCAUCAACAGCACCAAGGUUUGAUGGUACCACAUCCACAUGGUCACCAUCCACCACCUCCAUUGCCAUAUUUUGCACCUUUCCACUUACCCCCUCACCCAUCAGAAUUUCCAUCAACCGUCGAACUAACCCCAAUUAACAAUUAUUCGGAACAAAAUACACAACCAUCGUCACAUUUUCCACAACAACAACAAGAAGAUCAACCGAAAGUUGUUGUACCCAACAUUGAAGAAGAAUUAAAUUUUCUUGCACAAGGUGGUAGUACGACAAAAAAACCGAUGAAACCGAGCGAGAAACCCGGUUCGGGUUUUAUGAGUAGUUAUCUUAAGUUCCUUCAAGGAGAACGUGAUAGUUCUCCGCCCCCAGCUACACGGGGUAAUAGAAAACAGUCUUCAUGGACACGUUCAAAACCCCAAAUAAACAACGAGACAAAACCCGAAAGUAAUGGAACAACUCCAACAGUUAUACAGCCCUCACAGCCACCGGUGGUUACAAGGUUAUCGCAAGGGGACCCUCAAGACGAUCCCAGGUAUUUUCCCUUACCUAAAGAACGCAAAAGAAAUAGUUUUGAAAGUGACAGCGAUGGAAUUAGUUCAGACGAUGAUUUCUUUGGAAAUAACAAGAAGUUUAGUAAUUACGAUCGAAAAGACAAGCCGCGGAAAAAAACAAAAAGUAACACAGAACGGAAGAAAGUAAAGAAACCCAAAAAGGAAGAAGAAGUUAUACCGCGAAGAGAAUCAACAAAACGAGCAGCGAAAGAAAAAAUAAAUUUGCAACAUCUUAUCAAAGUCGACGAUGAUCUUGAAGAACCUCCAGAGUUUCAAGAUUCGGAUUCGGAUCCGGCGUGGACGCCACAAGCGAAAGAAGAUGGCGAGGAAAUUAUACCGAUUUCGAAAAAAUCACGGAAAUCUAGCGCCAAAAAACGAAGGAAUCUUAUCACAGCAGCUGCACAAGGUGCCGGCAUACAUGAAAUCGACGGUUACGUCAGCGACAAUUCCAAGAAAAAUAAAGGAAGUAAAAAUAAACAAAAUGCGCCACCUACGCUCGAAGAUAAUAUUGCGGCUUCUUUAUCUAAUAAUGUUGUUACGAAUGAUGACAAUCCGUUCAAGCCUGGUGAAUUUGUUGUGAUUCGAUCUGAACUGAGUCAAGACUGGCCUGCGAUUUGGCGUGUUGAUGGAAAAACAUUACUUCAGAAAUAUGAACCGUUUGAACAAAACGGUGUCACGUUAUACAGGAAUAUUUCAACGUAUACGUCAUGGACUCCUGAAAGUAAAAAGCAAUACAUCUCGAUACCAGUGGCUUACAAAGUCCAAAAUCAUGUGGAAACGAUCGUUGAAUUUUUACGUAACGAAAUGACGCUUAUCGAUCAGGACUACCAACAGAAAUGUAUGAGAGAUUGUGAGGGUUAUCAGGACAAUUUCGAAGUGUACAUACAGACAUUAAUUUCACAAGCAUUGGAUAGUAAUUUCCUGACGGAAAUCUUCCAAGAGAAAGAUGAGUAUUUCCUGUCUAAUGUGAAAACUAUAGACGACAUAACUGAUAGCAAAAAGAGGAAAUUGUUGUCGCUGCUGCGAUGGCCGCCAGCGGUCCAAGCAGCAGUGUGUACGUGGCCAUGUUUUAAUGUGAUUCGCGAAGUAAAUCCGUCUGAUAUUCAUACGAAAAGUUGUGCAGCUUGUGGUCGAUUGGAAGUCGCUGUUCGAGUGUUAAUGUACGGCCAACCGUAUAAUUCAACAACUUUGGAAGGUUGUCAACCGGAUCCAAAAGCAAUGAAUGAAAAAAAUUUUUUAAUGUGUAGGAUAUGUGCAACGCGUGUCGAACUUUCAAAUAAAGUGACUCAUCAAAAGUAUUUGAUGUAUAUUGAAUGUGCGAAACGUGUCAGUGAAAAACGGACUAGUGAUCCAAAUAAGGAUACGACUUGUAUAUUAAAUGAGUUGUUAGCCGAUGAGAAUUGGUUAAAUCAGUUGUUUUUGGAGGUGCGUACUUCGUGGGCGGAGAUUGACUGUAUAGAGUACAGUUUAAAAUUGAAAAAUUCAGUGUACACGCAGUGAAUUUUGUUCUCGAAAGACUUGAAUAAAAUUUGAAGGACUUUAAUAUCAAAAUUGUGUACAUUAUAUUUGAUGAGAGUUUAUAUAAAACUAAAAAAUGUAUUGUUUAAUUAUGUAAUGAAUACAGGGUAUUUUUUUAAGUUCUAUAUUAGAAACUCUUUAACUUCUAAUGUAAUACAGCUAGCGCUCCAAAAUUUUGUAUACGAUCUGAAUCGACCAUUCAAUUAUUAUUUUCAAAAUGGCUAAACUUGGCGCCAAUUUUGAAAUUCGCAUUUUUUAAUUCACCUUCUCAAAUUGAGUAAAAUUAACCCACGUUGUUGGUACUUAUCUGUCAUAGUUUUUGCCACAUGCCAAUUUUUUUUGUUAAAAUUUUUAUUUGCAGGGGUUUAUUUAAAAUAUCACAGCUCUUGAACCUUUUGCGAUAAGUCAAUAAUUCUUUUGUAUUCGAUAACCGAAGGAUUGAUGCACCUUCUAUAAUUUUUAAAAUUGUCAAAUCAGUUUUCAAGGCUAGUAUGAUUUUUUCAAUAUGGUUAUCAAAAAAAGGUCAUAAGAAAAUCCUAUAACUGAGUUUUCUCAAAAGAAAUGACCUUAUUUUCUAUACAAUAUAUAUGUUACCACGUCCUUCACCCAUCUCUUAUAGUUUUUGAAAUUGAAAUAAUCACAAAAAAUGAUUUUACUUUGUAAUUUUUAUCGUUAAAAUAAUGAGCUAAUAUUCCGCUUUUGCGAUUAUUUUAAAAAGUGUAAGAUAUCUGAUAUAAAAGCUAUUAAUAAAAAUCACCAUAAAAAUCAGUGUUUGAUUGUCAUUGAACAAACUGUUAUAAUCAUUUUUAUAAUUUCCAAAAAAUCAUAGUAGCUUUGCAACUUGAAAAUUGACACUCGUAAAGAUUUUAGAAGGCUCCUUGAACCCCUAGUUUGUUAUCAAAUGCAAAAGAAAUUAAAUUCACUUAUUGUGAAGAGUUCAAUUUUAGCAAAAUAAAUUGAAAACAAUUUAUUUAAACUCAGAAUCAAAAUUUAAACAAUAUUUUAAAGUUCUAGCUACAUUAAAUGUUAAAAAGUUUCAAAUGUUCGCCGUUAAAGAAACAUCCUGUAAAAUUUAGCCAAGAUUAGGUACAUAUUUUUUUAUUAGUGGUGGUUAUUUGCCAUUGAUUUUCUUAACAACUUGUAAAGAGAAAGUGAUAUUGUUUAUUACAUUAUUACGAUACUAGUGGUUGUGCAACCAUCGCACCAUUCGUAAUAAAUCAUUUUUGACAUUA